AUGGACAAAAAUAACUUCAAAGAUAAAAGAAAGAAAGAUGGCAAGAAGGAUUUUAAUGACGAUCUAAGAAAAUGUAAAACUAUCAACUGCCCAAACAAACCAGGCAUACCCGAUGUCAGUAGACAUAGAAGCCAUGUUAAAAUCGUUGGUAGGUUAGGUCUGACCACAGACGACAGAUAUGUGUUGAAUUGUGCUGCUACGAUAGAUGAUAGACCAAUUAUUACGAAUAUCACUCAAGAUGAGCCGAUGAGAAACAAACAUGGCGAACAACAAGUUUUCGAGCAUAACCGACGUUCUCGAAACUAUAGUCCAAAUGAAUACGCUUUCAACGAGACUGCUGCUUACAAUAGUGAUUCCUCAAGUGUAUCCCAAGAAAACGGGAGCGAUGGUCAUAUGAUCAGAGUUGAAGAAAGACAAAUGUCUCCUAUAGCAAACAUGGAAGUCCAACAAAAAGGAUCAAACAAGGAUAAAAAAUCUACUUUCCAAAGGCUUGUAUCGCCAAAAGAAUUAUCCCCUAAUAACAAAGAGUAUCUAAGAGAAACUAACAAUAGUAAAAUGUUUAAAAACAAUCCAAAAAGUGUAUCUCCAAAUCGUUUUUCAACAUCUACUAGAAAUCAUAUUCCACUUGGAAGCUCUAGAACAGACGUCUUUAGUAAAAGAAGUAAAGCACAAUUAUCCAAAAAACAAUACCAAAGUAGACAAAAUACGGAAACACGCGGAGCCCAAAAAAAAUUAGACACAAAUAGAAGUUUGGCAAAGAAAGCUUUAGUCGACAAUUAUAUCAACAAACUAGAAACUGAAGAAGCUAAAAAUAAUAGAGACAUAGCAAGACAUGAAUAUGCUCCACCAAAAGAUAAAACUUCAAAGGUCACUGUGAAUAUUGAUGGUGAAUCCGAACGUUAUAAUUUACUUUUUAAACAUGAUAGACAAAAUACAGAUUUUUCAGUAAGAAAAACUGUCAAAUCAAAGAAGAAGACACACCUUGCCUCUAUGGAAAAUUUAUUAAUUUUAUCAGAUAACACUAAAAUCCCUGCUUCUGGGUCGUUAUCACUCUCAGCCAAUUCACCCAAUCCAGGUAAAGCAGAAAAAAAUAUAGAUAAAAGAUCUUCCAACUUAAAUGUUCGAGACAGUAUAGAAGUUUUUCAUGGGCGAACAAGCCUUGGUAACUCUAAACAAAAAGUGGCAGAAAAAAAUAACAACAAUACGAUUGACAAUAAUUAUGAAGGACGGGCUAAGCAUUACCGUGGGGACCCGUGCGUAAUUCCAGAUCCAUCUGAAAGAGACAAGGAGAUAAGGCAGUUGUUGGGUAUUUUAACGGGGCGAAAUCUAAAUGAGCCUAAACCAAAUUCUCGACAAUCUCAGGAAACCUUUAUUGUAAAAAACUGCGAAGAAUGCUUCAUCGAAAACGAAUGCAAAAAGAAAGUAAAACUAAGUAGCAGUCUAGCUAAACUAUUCCCACAAAAAUUUAUUACAAAACUACAAUAUAAAUCAAAGGCUGAUUUAAAACAUUCCGAAGAAACAAAAAAUAAUGAAUUGAACGACAUAUUUCCAAUAAAAACAAAACGUAGAACUGAAGAUGUUCAACCAACAAUUUGCGGAGUCGCACAGCACGACAGAUUAUGUACAAACCAUUCCACAUUGUCAGGUGGCUCUAAAGAUAAUGUUAUUUAUAAUAAUAGAAACGUAGAAAAUGGAAAUGAUGCCAAUCUUAUACUAAAUAGAAAUAUACACGUGUUUUUAGAAGUAGAACAGUUUACAAAACAAAAACCUAUAAUGUUGACUCGAAAACAAUAUAAUAAAGUUAAGAGAACGAUACAAAAUACUGUGUGUAAAAAGUUUAGCAAUGAGAGAAGAAAGGCAAAUUACUAUAGUAGCGUUACAAUUGGAGAAGUAAGAAUAAAAUCCAAAUUUCAGAGAGUGGUUCGAUUAAGCAAGGAGGUUCAAACUGAUAAUACAAAUUUUAAAAAAAUCAGCUCUGAUACGUUAUCUGACAAGUAUAAUGAAUCUGAAUGUUCGUUUAAGUGGGAUAUAGAAAAGAAAAAUGAAAUUAGCGAAUCAACAACAGAGGAAAAUAAAAAUGAUCAGUUAUUGAGUAAGCCAAGAAACAUCGUUUCAUCGAUAGAGGUCCGAUAUGCUAGCGUAUCACUAAUGAAACAUGUUACUUAUUCUUCACUGGCGUGUAAUAAAGACAAUUCGAAUUUUGUGGAACAAAAGGAUUCAAACUCAAUUCAUACUAUUUUUAAAGGUCACAAGAAGUCGGUAACGCCAAACCUCGGGACAUCUGCAUAUUCUUUGUACUCUAGCAAUAGUAACCAUACAAGCGUAAGCAAAGGAUCUAAAUUGAUCGACUCCAAAAAGAAGCCACUACUGCAGCGUUUGGUGUCGUGUCUCAUAAUGAGAUCAAAAGUGUCAGAAAUAAAAAUAGGCAAACCACCUCAUAAGCAACCAACUAAAAAUAGCUCAAUUAACUCGUAUAAUAUCAGCACAUCAUUCGCGGGUGUGGAAAUACCAUCGUCAUUAUACGACACGUCCGCAUCUUUUUAUAGUAACCAUACAAUUAUGCCUGUGUACAAGAUGAAACGAAGCUUCUUCAGUUCCGUUAAAGGAUUUCUUACUCAUCACCGAAAUUGA